AUGGCGGGCCCGCCGGAUAGCAUACGCAUCACAGACCAUGGAAAAAUACACGCCUGGGUCGACUCGGCUCUCCAGCACUUUCAGAACAACCCCGACAAGCCAUUGACUUUCCAUACGUUGCCAGCAGCCAAGAAAGCCGACUCGGGCAGAUCUGCUCAAGCUGCUGCAACGGAUGGAGAGCUUUCCCCGUCAUCCGAUGCAAAGAAGGAACGCAUGCCUACGUCUCUGUCUACCAUCCCCCGGCUCAUCUCCGUCGUCGAAAUUAUCAAGCGCGAGUAUCUAAAGACGUUGGACCUUGCUCUGGCAGACCAAGGAAAGCUCUCAGGCUUGCAUCAGUAUAACCAGGUCGGUGAGCUCCAGAAGGCUAUUGCUACAGACGCCCCGGGUAAUCCAGAAGAGGACCGGCUGAACGCCUUGGCUCUUGCAUUGCAAGGGAAGAGACAUCUUCGGCAACACAAGGUUGCGUUUAUGAAAAUAACCCUCUCACGGGAGGUGCUACCAGACUUGGUGGCGCAAGGAUUCACAUAUCAACCGCCAGAUCUCCGCCAACUCUCCAGAUCAGCCAGGGCUCGUCUGAGAAAGCGACAGAAGAAGGCAGUCAACGCAUUUUCCCAAACAAACGCUGCCAUCUCCCGCACCAUCUCCGGCGUGCACUCAUGGCCGACCCCAGGCGCAACCACAACCUUCUUCACGCCCGUGCUGCCCAUGUCGAGCGCCUUCACAAAUGCACGCCCAGCCGCGUACGGCACGAGUGUGUCAUCUUCGCCGCACAGCACGAGCACCUUUUUCCCACGGAACGGGUUCGCGGCGUCGGCUGCGGUGUGUGGCGCCGCGGCGGGGUCGUCGCGCUCGAUGAGCGCGCGCAACGAGUCGGGCAGGUAUGGCGGCGCCAACGGGAGCGCGUUGGUCUUCGCGCGUGCCGCCAUCAAGGUCAGGUAG